AUGACUGAAACUGCUUAUGAGAUUACGAGCGAUAUGUCUGAGUUGGAUCCUGAAUCCUCGAUUCUGGCACCAGUUCAGCAGCGUAUCGAGGCUCAACUUCGUAAACACCUUCAGGAAGUUUCACAACAGCUUUACGAAGUAAAAAAUGAACUUACUAUGGUUCAAAAAGAAAGAGAGCAAUGUGGUGUUGAACUGUAUAACUCCCAGCAACAUCUUGCUAAAUUGCAAGAGACACUUGAGAAGUAUCAAGAAAAAUAUGCUUCAACACAACAACAACAUGAAGAAAAAUUACAAGAACGAGAAGAUCUUGCUGCACAGGCAGAAAGUCUUCGAAAGAGUAUUGAAGAUCAACAACGACAAUAUGAACAUCAGCAGAAUGAUCUUGUUAAACUUACUGAAACACUUGUUAAAGUACAGCAGUUUAAUGAGCAACUUAAAAAUGAGGUUCAAGUUGAAAGGCGGGCCGCUUACAAAACAGAAGAAGAUAUUACUAAUUUGGAAAAGGAGAAAUUAAAACAAGAUAAUCUCAUUAACGCUCUUGAAAAGCGAGUUGUUUUACUUGAAGAAGAAGUAUCUACAGUCGAUUCACAGAUUGAAAAUCAAAGAAAGGAAACGCAACGAGCAAGGGAAAUAUUAUCAGAAGCAUUAGCAGAAAUGGAAGCAAUUAACUUUGACAAAAAACAACUGGUUCAACAAUGGAAAAGUACUCUUGUAGGGAUGCAACGUCGUCAUGAAGCCAUGAAGAAAACUGAAGAAGCGUUACAACAACAGAAAGAUGAUAUGCAAACAUUGGAAAACGAGAUUACUGGUUGUCGAAAAGAAAUUGAGGAAGUUCAAACUGAAACUUCAAAGUUGAUGGAAUUUAUGUCACGGGUAGAUAAUGAGGUUGCUGUCCUUGAAAAACAAAUUGAUGCGUUAGUAGAACGGAAAGAUAAGAGUGCACAGUCAUAUGAAAUGUUAAAGAAAGACUUGGAACAAACAGAUAUAGAAACUAAAAAAAUAGAGUAUGAAGCACGUACUUAUGCAUCUGAAGCUGCAGAAAUUGAUAGAAAAAUACAAAAAUGUGCAAGAGAUGUUAUUCUAAUGGAAAAUGAUAUUAUUGAAUCACUUGGUAAGCAGACAACGCUUAAACAGGAAGGUGAAGGUACAUUACAUGAAAUUGAAAAAAUUAAAGAAUCAAUUAGAGCUAAAGAGCUACAAGUAACACAAAUGGAAAAUGAAUUAGCUCGUGUUCGAGUGGAUACACUACAAGCACAAUCACAUAAUGAGACUUUGAAAACUACUUUAAGUGAAUUGGAAAAAGAACUACAGUCUCGGGGUACACUGAUUGAGCGGAUGCAAAUGGAUAUUCGCCGUAGACAUGAUGAAAUUGAUAGAAAACAAAAACAGCUUGAUCAACUUAAUCACCAGUUUGAGCAAUUGGUAGGCAUUCAUGGAGUAGAUAAGGGUGAACAUGUCGGUCCUUUAGAAGCCACUAUAAACAGUUUAUCAAAAGCUAUUGCAGAAAAGGUAAGUGAAAAUGAGGCUCUUCAACAAGAAUGGAUAAAGCUUCAAACAGAAUUAGUAAAUUGCAAAAACAGUGCUAAUGAGGUUAAUGAAGCUAUUCUUGAAUUACAAGCAGAAGGUACAGUUCUAACUCAAAAAAGAGAUCGUCUAUUGAUUAAUAUUGCGAAUGAAAAGAAGGAAAUUGCGAAUUUGGAAAACAAAGCAAAUGCUAUGCAUCUUGAAAUGAAAAGAGUAAAUAUACAGCUUAGUAAAAACUCAGAAGAUCAGAAAAUUAUUGCUAAUGAAGCUUUUCUUCUUGAAAAUGAUCUUAUUCGUAGACUCCAAGAAAAAAAGCGAGAGGCUAUUGAUCUUGAAAACAAAAUUGGAGAAAUUCGUCAAAGUAAAGCUGAUUUGCUUGAGCAAAUCAUGAGCUGUGAGCGAGAUAUUCUUAUUUGGGAAAGAAAAAUACAGGUUGCAAAAGAAACAGAAAUGGCGCUAGAUCCUACAGUUGGUAGAGCUGAAGUUGAAAAGAUGAAAAAGGAAAUUGGGAUUAUGGAGAAACGUAUGAAUGAACUACAACGAGAACAACGUUUUCUUAUAGAGGAGAUGCAGAAAUCUAUUGAUCACCGCGAAAUAAUUCGUACCAAGGGACAAGCAAUUCAAACCGCUACAAAAAAGAAUAAGAGAGGUGCUACAAGAAUGGAUGUAGAUAAAGAAAGUGCAAGAAUGUUUAAAGAACUUAAUGAAAAAAGACAGGAAGCUCAGCUGAAAGAAAAAGUUAUUAAAGAAUGUAUUGCUUCUAUUGAGAAAGCUACAAGUGAAGCUGAAACUGCUCGACGUGAAGUUGAAACUCUUGAUGAACAAAUUGCGGACCUUCAAGCACAAUUAAUGACAGCGCAAAAGGAAUGUGAUAGACUCGAAGAUGAAAAGAAAGUGAAAAGUACAAGUUUACAACGUCUUCGUGAUGCUGAGAAAGGUAAUUAUAAGUUAUCCCUUACUCCAGAAAAGGUAAAUGAGGAAUUAACCAGACUUGAAGAGAAGAAAAAGACAAUGAUGGAGAUCUUAGAAGACUUGAAAAAUCGUUUUCCUGAUUUGUCGGAAGACUUGUCUGGUAUUGCCUCAGCUCUUUAA